GUUUCCAUUGACGAAAUCGGUCAAAUAGAAUAAAUCUAUAAACAAGUGAAGUUAAACAUGGAAGGUCUGUCGGUAGAGUUAAAUGAUUUAUCUGAUGAGAUUCUUCUUAUCAUCUUACAAAAACUAGAGAAUAUCAAAGCACUCUACUCAUUCAUAGAUGUUAAUAAACGAUUUAAUAAACUUGUACAUGAUUCAAUUUUUACAAAUCGUUUAACAAUAACAAGAUGUUGUUCUGAUGGUUCAUUUGAUCGAUUAGAUAACCAAGUACUUGAUCGAUUUUAUUAA